AUGGCAACUAGCUCAACUCAAAACCUUGCGUUUUUAGACGGUCUCAAUGAGAAUCAGAAACAAGCAGUUACUGCACCUGCCAAUGGCCGUCUUCAAAUAAUUGCUGGUCCGGGAACUGGAAAGACAAAAGUCUUGACAUCAAGAGUUGCGUACCUACUCCUCGUGGAAAAGAUUAAACCAGAACACAUUAUUGUAACUACCUUUACGAAGAAGGCAGCUAAUGAAUUAGUGGAAAGAUUGGAAUCCUUAUUGAAAGCACACAUUGAGAUCAAUGUAUCAAACUUGUUGGUGGGCACAUUUCACAGUUUAUGUUACCGAAUUAUUAAGAAAUUUGGGUCCAAGAUUGGUGUUAAUGGGUAUUCUGUUGCUGAUGAGAGAGAUAAAGAUCAUUUAUUGAGAGAGAUCUUGGAAAAGGACCUUCCAGGUGAGGUUAUCAAGUACAUACGCGGUGCACCUAUUGAAGAAACUAUAAUACUUCGAUCCAACAAGCAAAAUGAAAAACAUCAUGGAAUCGACUUGUACAAGUUGAAGCGGCAAAUAUCAAGACUAAAAUCCCAAGGACUUUUGCCGGAGAGUUAUCAAAAUGUCCAAAAGUAUAACAAAUGUUUGCACUUAAUAUAUACAGCGUAUCAACUGAAACUCAUCGAGGAAGGGAAACUUGAUUUUGAUGAUUGUUUGCUAACAUGUUACAAUUUGGUGACAAAGUAUCCGGUACUUCACUUCGUCAAACACGUGCUUGUCGAUGAAUUUCAAGACACAAAUGAUAUACAACUUCGCUUGAUGUAUCAAUUUGCAACUGGAAGUGUUAUUAAUCCAAAGUUCCAAAACAAUGUAACUAUUGUUGGUGACCCAGAUCAAAGUAUAUAUGCAUUUAGAGAUGCACAAUCAAAGAAUUUUGCGAUAAUGCUUGAACAUUAUGGAAAGCUCAACUUACCAUGUACAGUUAUCGCAUUGAACCAAAAUUAUCGAUCUACAAAAGAUAUUUUGCAAAUAUCGGAAAACUUAAUGAGACAGCAAGAGAGUCGGCAAGUGAAGGAUUUGGUAUCUCAAUUCAAGGAUUCCAUAAAACCGGUGUACAAAUGCUUGAAGUCGGCUACACAAGAAGCUAAAUGGAUAGUCUAUCAGAUCGAGUUUCUAUUAGCAUUACCUAAUUCAGUGUUUAAACCGAAGGAUAUUGCAAUUUUGUUUCGUGCUGCGUUUCAAACCCGUGCUGUGGAGACUGAAUUAGUGAGAAGGAAAAUUCCCUAUUUCAUGAUUAGAGGUAAAGCGUUUUGGGAGAGACAAGAAGUUGUUGCCAUCAUCGAUUAUUUACGAGUUUGUGGUGAUGAGGAUGAUAGAAUAUCCAUAUCGCGUACAUUGAAUUUCCCUAAACGUGGAUUGGGUGCAAAGGCUCUUGAAUCAAUAGAUGACCUCAUCAUGAAGGGCAAACGAUCUGGUUCCUCUGCAUUUCAGGUGCUCAAGGCCUUAUCUAUCGAUAAGCUUCCAGAUUUAAAGUUACCACUUCGAACAAGCAGCAGUGUUGCCAAAUAUGUUCAAAUGAUUGAGAAGGCAAAGGAAAUAUUACAAAAGAUUGAACCAAGUAAUACUGAUCGCGAUAGAUGCGCUUUUGCAUUGCAAUUGUUUGAGGUUGUUUAUGAAGAGUCAGGUCUUAAGGCUGAAUAUCUGAAAGACGAAGAAAGAUCUUUGAAUAUUGAGGAAGUAAGAGAGCAAUUCUGCCAGUUUCAAUUUCAAGACGAAACUAUCAUAGGUAAUAUAGAUGAUGAUCAAGAUGCUGAUGAUAGGAACUUUAUAGUUCAAUUUGUACAAUCAAUUGGGUUAUAUGCGACUGAUGACAAGGAGGAUGAGAAGCUGAAUAGUCCAAAAGUUUCACUAAGUACUAUCCAUGGUGCCAAAGGUCUUGAAUGGCCUGUGGUGUUUGUGCCUGGUUUAUCUGAAGGUUUAUUACCUGCUGGAUUUGCAAUGUUUAGUAGUGACUCCAACGCACUCGAUGAAGAAAGACGAUGCUUCUACGUUGCAUGUACCAGAGCCCAAUUGUUACUUUAUGUAUCUGCCUACAAAGAAUCUGGAUCAAGUAACUCUUGGAAACGAUCUAUAGAUUGUGAAUCUAGAUUUGUUACAAGGCUAGCAGAGCUGAAAGUGUUUGAUGAAGUACAACCUGCAUUGAAAAAUAUGAACGGGUAUAAACAGUUGUGCUCGUUGCUAGAAAUCAAGUACGAUAACUCAGUUGAAAAACAAUUGGAACAAUUGUUUCAUGCAUAUAUCAAAAAUUGGAAAAUGUAUUCAACUAAUGAAACAUUUGACCCCACUACACUGCCGGAAAAUGCUAUGUCAGUAGGAUUUGCAAAAGCACUGUGUCUAAGUCAAGAUUUGAAUUCAAAAAGGAGAAAACUUGAAUUCAAAGCACCAGCAGUAGUAUCAAAGCCUAAAGUAAUUGCAAUUGAUGACAACCUGGAUGAUGAUGCGAUUGUGGUUUUGCUGACCGUACCCGCCCCAAAAAAGAACAAGGCCCCUCCUUAUAUCCCUAUACGCAAGCUAAAGUCUAAUGCAUUAGGUACAAAAAGGUAA